AUAGGUAUACAUCCGGUGAUGACGACAGGCGACUGAAAUAUUGGUGCUUGCUUUGAGAUUGGUGGAGAUCACGGAAUGGAGGGAAACAUACAACAGUUUAUACAGUGUGUCAUCAGUAAGGUCCUCCUGGACAAGUUGACCUUUAUGGAGGAUGUACAAUUCGUGGCUGACGUUAACAUCACUCUGGACAAGACAGAAACAUUUCGCUUCGUCGUAUCGGAGAGGAUUCUGAAGGAAAAUGUGCACAUAUACCAGAGACAGUUCAGCUUGCUGUUUGGGGAGAAAAAUCCAGAAGCCCCUGUAAGCACCAAUCAAACCUCAAUUACAGAAGGUGAAAGGUCAUCUACAGAUGGCGCCGCUCAAACUGAGCAAGGGGAGGAUACUCUGAGUGAGGAAAUAGAAACAGAGAAGGGAGAGACAGUUGAUCAUCUCCUGGAGCUUGUUGUAACUGAAUCCCAGAGCAGUGAAGAUAACGGUGAAAGGCAAGACAAACAUGGGAUAAUGGUAACUGACACAGAGACCCAAACAGAAAAUGUCGAUCAACGAAAACCCCGAAAGUCUGUCAAUCAACAGAAGAAAAGCAAACCACACACAGAUUCUUCAGCAGCAGUUAACCAGGAGCCAGAUGUAAUUAACAUCAAAACUGAGGUGAUUUCUGAUGAUGAACACUCGGAGCAAGUGGGGACUGUCACCAUAGUGUCGCCCCUACCUCCCACCGACCUCCAGACAAACACUGAGAACAAUGUCACAUGUCCACUAUGUUCAACGCAGUUCCGCAGUCAGAAAGCGGUGGAAAACCACCUGAGAGUCAUUCAUGAUAUAGGAAAUAUUUACAUGUGUCUGGUGACAUCUUGCCAGGAACUGUGCCAGUCCAACACCGCGCUUCACCAGCACAUGAUGACAAUGCACGGUGUACCUAAGGUAGAGGAGGCUAAACCCCAAAGUCCAGCAAAAAAGAAACGUGGACGCAAACCCAAAAAUUUGAACAAAGAGAUCCCUGCACCAGUGAAAGAGAAGAUCUCGACAACAGUGAGAAAGACUGUGAAUACGCCGGCAGUAAAAUCAACGGGAUCAAAAACAACGAGAAAACCGGUGGGCAGGAAGCGGGGCAGGAAAAAGGUAGGAAUUAAACUUAGUGUGAAGACUCCUGUUGCCACACCAGUUGUGAAAGUCUUACAGAAAUGUGCCGAGUGUUCUAAGGAAUAUGCCUCCAAGCGAGCUUUAAAUCGACAUGUCAGGACGGCUCACAGCGUAAAGAAAUAUCAGUGUGAUAUUUGCGGGAAGGUCUUCACAAGCAAAGAGACCUUGUAUCACCAUCGCCGUGGCAUCCACAGCGAAAGCAAACCUUACAGAUGCGAGGAAUGUGGUGCCUCGUUUAAUUUUAAUCACAGCUUGAGGCUCCACCGGCUGAAACACAGCGGAGUGCGACCUUUUGAGUGUAAAGAGUGCAACAAGACAUAUCUGACAUCGAACCAUUUAAAAAUGCAUGUGGAAGGAGUGCACGGUGGGAAGAAAAACCACGCAUGCAAGAUAUGUGGGAAGUGCUUUUCGUACACAACCAGUCUGAAAGUGCACGAGAUGACCCACGGUGAAUAUAGGCCUUACCGCUGUACCGUGUGUGGUCAAGGCUUUGUCAACAGCCACUCGCUGAAAUACCACAGAGAGGCUAAACACUCGCAGAAUACUUGGUUUGAAUGUGACUUGUGUGGGAAGAAAUAUAAAACCGAAUUCUUGAUGAAGACUCAUCGUCGACGUCACACGGCAGACGGAUCGCGCUACAUGUGCGACAUCUGUGGGAGACAGUUUAUGUACAAGAGUACGCUGGAAAUCCAUGCAGCAGUUCACAGUGACGAGAAGUCAUUCCAGUGUAGCACGUGUGGGAAGUCUUUUAAAACAUACGCAACUCUAUACUCCCACCAGUAUGUUCAUAAAUCGGAGAGCCCGUAUAAUUGUCCCGAGUGUGGAAAGUCUUUCAAAACCAAAGAACGUUGUAAGGCUCAUCAGAAGAGGCAUUCAGGCUUGAAACCGUACGAGUGUGAACAAUGUGGCCGAUGUUUCCCAGACAAAGGUGGGCUGUCAAAACACACCAAGACGGUUCACUGCGAAGUAAAAAUGUUCGUGUGUGACAUUUGUGGCAAAGCUUGUUCACGAGCGGACAAUCUCCGUGUUCACAUGAAGAUUCACAACAAACACAUGGAUUCCAACACUCCGGGUAGAAAACUCUUACAGACUCCAAAGCUGAACAAGAAUAUGACGGUACUGGAAUCUCCCAUGGAUGUGGGCCAAAAAGAUCCCCAGAGUCAAGAUUUCCUUAGCAUGUCCCCCAACUCGUCUCCAUCUCACACUAUGACAAUACCCAGAAUAUACCCGGACAGGGCUGAUGCCCCAUCCUUUAUUCCUAAUGCCACAGACCCUCUGACUAUUCCCUCGGCCCCAGCCCUCGGGGGGCAUGGAAUUCUUCUGACCACUCAAGAGUCGGAGCUUGGAGGCGUGGCAAAUUCUUCACUCCAACCCCCUAAUUCUUUGUCAGUGGUCCCCAGCACCACCACUCAGGCACCACCAGGUUCCUCCUACAUGUACAUGUGGCCGUAUUUACACACGCAGCACCAACAUGAUCAGAGCGGGUCCAACAAUCAGUUCUUCUAGGGAAACAAAAGCGAUAUGGUAUAUGGAUGAUCCAUUAUGUAACUGGUUUAUCGGUAUAUGAACAUUUGCUUCUUUUUAUUAGCUGUUUAUAACCUGUGGACUGCCUGCUUUUUCAGUAUCCAUGUUUAUUGCUUUUAAUUGACAUUGUGUGAUUUUGUUUAUUAUUUUCAUUCUUUUUAAAGUCUUUAUUUGAUAUUUCAUUUACAUACAGCAGUGCAAUGUACAUGUAACUGUUGAUUCUUUAGUUUACGUGAGUAGUUAAUUUCGUGAAAUAGACGUCAAAUAGUGAGAACUCGAAUUUGUGAGUGGACUAUUGAUUGAGAGCCUACACAUGUAUUUCAGCAAUAUGAAAAUGAGUAAUUUAAUUUUGUGAGUGGUUCUUCUCACUUAAUCAUGCAAUAAUAUUUCCUGGAAGAUAUUUAGGAACCUGCAGUAUUUUGUUUUCAUUCAUAAUGUGUAAAUCUUUAUAUGCCUUUUUUUUUUUUUUUACUGUUUUACACAUGCACAUAUUAUUAAUCUUAUGAUGCAGGCCAUGCUUGUUGUUUAAAGUGCCUAGUGCUUGUUUAUGUAUACAAUGUUUUUUAUUCAAUGAACUGAUAAAUAAACCAGAUGAGAUAA